AUGGACGCCCUCCGCUCCGCCCUCCAGCCCAUCACCCACAACCUCCCCGGCCCGAUCCGCGACCUCGGCGUCUCCAUCGUCGGCGAGGAGUGCUACAAGGCCAUCCUCCUCGACAUCGACCUCGAAAACACGGCUUGUCUCAAGCUCGGCGUCUCCAAGGGCCUCGGCAUCGGCAUCAUCGGCGCAUCCUUCAUCGUCAAGGUCCCCCAGAUCCUCAAGCUUGUCAGCGCCCGCUCCGCCGACGGCGUCAGCUUCCUCUCCUACGUCCUCGAGACGAGCGCCUACCUCAUCACCCUCGCCUACAACUAUCGCAACGGCUUUCCCUUUAGCACCUACGGCGAGACCGCCCUCAUCCUCGCCCAAAACGUCGUCAUCUCCGUCCUCCUCCUCAACUACAGCAACCGCGCCGCCCUCGCCGCCGUCUUUGUCGCCGUACUCGCCGGCGCCGCCGGCGCCCUCUUUACCGAUGGCGUUCUCGACCUGAAGCUCCUCAGCUACCUACAGGCGGGUGCCGGCGUCCUCGGUGUCGCCAGCAAGCUCCCGCAGAUCCUUGCCAUUGCCCAGCAAGGCGGCACUGGCCAGCUCAGCGCCUUUACCGUCUUCAACUACCUCGCCGGCUCCCUCUCCCGAAUCUUUACCACCCUCCAAGAGGUUGACGACAAGCUCAUCCUCUACGGCUUCAUCUCGGGCUUUGUUCUCAACGCUAUUCUUGCCGCCCAGAUGAUCUACUACUGGAACGCCCCCUCGGAAAAGGCAAGGGGCAAGCGCAAGGCUGCUCCCGUCAAGGCGGCUCCCGUCAAGGCUGCUCCCGCCGAGGCCAAGUCCUCUGCCACCCCCACCAAGAAGAGCCCGACCACUCGUCGCCGCGGCUAG